AUGAAAACAUUACUCGCUAUUCUUCUACUCGCUAUUCUGGCUCUCUCCGCCGCUUUCGACUGCGAUGAUGAUUGCCCUUUUGAUGACGACCACGACUUCGGCUACAGACCAUACAGAUAUGGAUGGGGAGGGUACGGACGAUAUGGUGGAUGGGGAGGGUACGGCCGAUACGGUGGAUGGGGCGGCCAUUUCGGCCCUUGGGGAGGCUACGGUCGAUUCGGAUGGCCUUAA